GCUGGUCUCCCCAGAUGCGCCACAAGCUCUCUGCAGGCUGCCCUGGAGUCUUCAUACCUAUACUUCUCACCAACGAUGCAUAUGGAUAAUCUUAUUUCCAUACGGAAGGCGGCUUCAGUUUGUUAUCGACGCAGCGCGGAAGGAGGAACGCGAACUACCACAGAUAAUUCUGCAGUGCUCCAUAAAUUAUUUGAUCGCUAUGGAGCCACCCGGGACUUUCCUGGAUUGGUGUUUGUUGACGACCUUAUGGAUAUGUUUCCAACCGCCCGAAUUAUCUUGAAUCAGCGAGCCUUAGGAGAGGUGUGGGCUGUCAGUGAGCAAUUCGCUGCAAUAUCUCCACCGCAAGACGUAUCUGGCAAACGGUUUUCUCAUUAA